AUGGUGAGGGACGAAUGCGAUAAUUACAGAAGAGAAUUAUCGCAACUUAAGAAUGGCACUGAUCGAUCGAAAAGAAUUUGUGAAGAACUUCGAGAACAGCUUGCAGAGAAACAAAGUCACAUCGAAAAUCAAGAAUUGACCCUUAGUACCCUACGAAAGACAUGCAAUAUUCUUGAAGCACAAAUUCAAGAUUUGGAAUACAUUAAUGAGGAAUUAGAAGCUAAAGAGUCAAGUUACAAUAAGCUGCAAGUUGAACUUGAGAAUAAUAUGGAUGAAGCGGAAAGAACAAUUGCAUCUACAAAGGCUAGCUUAGAGACUGAAAAGCAGUCAAGAUUAUAUUUCGAAAACAAAGUUCUUGAAUUCGAAAAUUUGCAAAAAGAUUCAUUUAGUAAGCAUACAAAAGAUGUUGAAAAAUACUAUCAACAACUUGAGGAAUACAAGAAGGAGUCAGCUAUAAUGAAUAACGAUAUGGGUGCUUUAGAAAGGAAACAAACAGUCCUUGAAUUAGAUAAUAAAUCAUUAAAGCAACAAUUCGAACAUCAAACUAAGCUAUAUCGCAAGGCUGAAAAGGAGCUACGAAAGUGUCAAAACGAUCUAGUAGCCGCUAGGAAAGCGAACUUUAUCUUAAACCAAGAUAUUGAAAGCACAAGUGAAGAGAAAGAAAUGCUCUCGAUUAAGAUAGCCGAAUUAGAAAGUCAGCUUGAAUUAGUACAAAAUAUGCAUAAUGAAGAAAAAAUGAAGUUGCAAGCAACUGCUAUGCAGCAAUCGAAACUGAUCGAUUAUAUACAAUCAUCAGGAACACAAAAGAAGAAGAAGCUAUUAGGAAAGACUUUCAAUGGUAAUACGAAUAAGGAAAUUCAAGAUUUAUUAGACAAAGAAAAAGCUAACAAUAUUCAACUGAAAAGCAAGAUUACACGUUUAAGAUCAGAAUUGGAGGCUUCUAGGUUAGAAACAGGCAGAUUAAAGAGAAAGUUAACUGAUUUAAUGGAUAAGGAAAUAGCUGGUGAAAAAUCGCUAUUAGAUAACACUCUCGAUGAGUCAUCCAUGAAUGAGUCUAUUAAUAAACCUAUUAAUGAGCGUUCUAAAGAAAGGAUUCAUCAUAACAUUCCACAUAGGCUUACUACUUGUCUUACUAUGCGCCCGGUAAGCUGUAGUGUAUGUCUACAUAGUAUCCACUUUGGACGCCAAGUCGCAAAAUGUACUGAAUGCCAGACUACUUGCCAUGUUAAAUGUUCCCCUGCGUUGCCGCACAAUUGCGGUUUACCGCUAGAAUUAUUAGAGCAUCUAACUGUAGAUAUUAAUAAUAAUAAUAAUAAUAAUAAAACAGAUACUGAUAAAAAACAUACUAUAAAGCAACAGCAAAGUUCAUUAUCAAUUGCUGGUCAUAAAUUGCAGGGUUGGAUGAAGGUUAAAAGACCAGGUAGUACUAAGAAAAAUUGGGAAAAUAGAUGGAUUGUAUUAGCAGAGGAUAGAAUUGCUUUAUAUAAUAAAGAAAGGGAUGAAAGUCCACUGGAAGAAUUUAGCUUGAUUCUUAAAAAUUCGGAAACUGUUAUUAAUGCCGAAGUGAAUAGUGUUGAACUAAGUAGCGUUGCUUCGACUGAUCGUCCUUUCAUCAUUGGUAUUGAAAUACGACCUAUUACUGCUUGUUGGCCAUCUCAGAUAAUGUAUUUGAUGGCAUCCAAUUUUACUGAGAAACAACGUUGGGUAAAAGCUUUAGAACAUUUAAUUGACGACCAAGAAGAUAGUAGCAGACCAGUUGACGGAAAUGUAAUACUUGAAUUACAUGGUAAAAGUGUCAAGGAGAUCAAUUGUACUCUACCAAGUAAAGAGAAAUACGUUUUUGUUGGCUGUGAAGAAGGCUUAUUUACAUUACACUCAUCCAGUAUCAAAUCUAGUCAUCGUUCCGGUAGCCUCAAUCAAUUGUCAGGGAUACCGGGUGUAUUUCAAAUGCAAUAUACUGACGAUCAGCAAAUGCUAAUAUUAAUCACAGGUAAAGAUAAGCAGUUGUGUUGGAUUGAUAGAGACGAUCUUUCCAAAAAGGCUGGCACUUUUCCCCAGAUGAAGCUGGCUAUAAAUACAGUGCAAAAUAUUCAUUCAUGCCAUCUAUUUUCAUCCGCACGAAUUAAUGGACGCCUUUACGUUUGUGCAGCAUUACAAAAUAAAACAACUUUACUUGAAUUUUCUGCAAAAGAUAAAACAUUCUGCAUUAAAAAGGAAAUUGCAACCCAGGAACCAUGCAGCUGUAUUCAAUUUACAAAUUCAGGAGUUAUUAUAGGAACGGAUAGAUAUCACAUUAUUAAUUUGAAAACUAAUGAAAUAAAUGAAUUCUUGGACCGUGAUGAUUCUUCCCUUGCAUUUGCAAUUUAUGGUGUAUCAUCAGCUAGCAGUUUUCCUAUUGCAUGCAUUAAGAUUUCAGACGAAGAAUAUUUGCUCUGUUUCUCUGAAUUUGGCAUAUUCGUAAAUGAGUGCGGAAAAAGGACUAGAAAGGAUGAUUUAAAAUGGUCAAGAUUGCCUCUUACUUUUGUAUAUCGCGAGCCAUUCCUGUACGUCACCCAUUUUAAUUCUAUGGAAAUCAUACAAAUCCAUCCAGAUAACAGGUUUUUUACGCUUAUUUCUGUCUCACGACAUCUGAUGAAUCUUGCCAGUCCUCGCUAUCUCGGCCCAGCAUUGACACAAGGAUACAUAUAUGUAGGAAGUGUCCACAGCGAUUCAGUAAAGAUGAUUGCGAUACAAGGUAAAGGUAUUAAAUCUAUCCAUAGCAAGCAAAGCGUACAGAGAACACCUUUAAAUGAGGCCAUCGAAAACGGCCAAAUAUCGAGUAGAAAGGUUGGCAAAUCGAAAGUGACGGCAUCGAAGAAAAUACCACAACAUCAAUCAGAAAAUCGUGAUAUGGGUGGUACUAUAAAUAAUAAUGCACAGACCUGUGUGUAG